UGGAACACUGAAAUCCUGAGCUCUACAGUAUGCAUCUGCCUUUAGGAGGUGCUGUUGAUCAGGAUUAUCCUAAAGCCAGCAAAGGAAAAGGGGAAGGGCAGAGAUGACAUCAGCAGGAAAUUAAUAUUAAACCUGAGGGGCCAGUAAAGUCAGCAGCAAGUCUUAAGUUUUCCUCCGUGGAAAUAGAUGCUUUCUUGAAACUUGGAGCACAGAGAGGAUCCUAAUUUCUUUAAAACUUUGUUUUCAGGUAAUCUCCCCAAGAACUACUUCCUUCCAGAGGAUCCGUGGACUCUGAUUUGAAGACCGGCCAUGUCAUCUUGCGUCCAGAGUUGUAUUUCCAGUCUGGAGGAUAACGGUAGGGAGACGUUGCGCAGAAGGCUUCUGAAUAUUGAUUCAUACCUUGGAGACCUAGAGGUGGAAAAAUUAAAGUUUCUCUGCCGAGACUUCGUCGCCCACAAGAAGCUGGAGAAGGCCAGCUCGGCCUUGGAUAUUUUUGAGGAUCUCAUGACCGAGGAUCUGCUGAGUGAGAAAGACCCCUUCCUCCUGGGGGAACUCCUCUACAUCAUGAAGCAGAACUCGCUGCUGAGGCACCUCAACUACACCACAGAGCAAGUGAAGGGUCUGCUGCCCACCCGGAAGAGGGUGUCCCCAUUCAGAAACCUGCUCUAUGAGCUGUCCGAAGACAUCGACUCAGAGGCCUUGAAAACCAUGAUCUUCCUUCUGAAGGAGUCCUUACCCAAAGUCGAGACGCCGACCUCGCUAAGUUUCCUGGGACAUCUGGAGAAACAAGCUAAAAUAAAUGCAGAUGAUCUGACGUUGCUGGAGAAUCUCUGCAGCACUGUCGCACCUUGUCUUGUGAGAAAGAUAGAAAAAUAUAAAAGAGAGAAAGAAGCUGAGCAAACGGAGAAAGAACUACUUUCUGCUUCAGACAUUAAUCAAAUCCGUCAAGCCUUACCGGCAGGUUCAUCGGAGGAAAAUGUGUACAGGAUGGAUCGUAAACAUAGAGGCUACUGUGUUGUUAUCAACAACCAGAACUUUACCUCACUGUCAACAAGACAAGGGACUAAUAAAGACGCUGAGUGCCUGAAGCAUGUGUUUCAGUGGCUUGGAUUCAAAGUAGAUAUGCAGGUUGAUGUAACUAAACAAUGCCUGGAGGAAGUUCUGCAAAAAUAUAAGAGUCAUCGGGACCAUGCCGAGGGAGACUGCUUUGUGUUCUGUGUUCUGACCCACGGGCAAUUUGGAGCUGUCUACUCUUCAGAUGGGGCCCUCAUUCCCAUUCGGGAGAUCAUGUCUCACUUCACAGCCCAGCAUUGCCCUGGUCUGGCUACCAAACCCAAACUCUUUUUCAUCCAGGCCUGUCAAGGAAAAGAGAUACAAUCUUCUGUAUUUAUUGAAGCAGAUGCUAUAAAUCCUGAGUUAAUAGAGCCUCCCCUUCAGGACAGUAUUCCUGUUGAAGCAGAUUUCCUUCUUGGCCUGGCCACUGUCCCCGGCUGCGUAUCUUUUCGUCACAAGACAGAAGGGAGCUGGUAUAUUCAAUCUCUGUGUAACCAUUUGAAGGACUUGGUCCCAAGACGUGAAGAUAUCUUAUCCAUCCUCACUGCUGUCAAUAAUGAUGUGAGCCGACGAGGUGGAACAAAGAAACAGAUCCCUCAACCUGUCUUCACACUGCGGAAAAAAGUCAUAUUCCCCGUCCCCCUGCAAGAACUCCCAGAGAGAGUUCCCACUGACUCUUAGACUUGAAAGGAACCUUCUCUUCCAACUUCCCACCCAUCGUAGGAAUCAGUGACAGAUGGUGAGCUGGCCUUCGUCUGUCAUUCUAGCAAUAAGGAAUGUUCUACUUUCUGACACAGUAAAUUCUGUGUUUUCCCCCCUUUUUAACAAAUCUAAAUGCUACCAGACUUUUUUUUCUUUGUAAUGAUUGAUGCCUUGGAUUAUAAUCUUGGCUUUUGCUCUGCACCCUGAGGAAAAAGCAAUUGGCUUUGGUUUGUGUAGCUGUGAAGGGAAAGGUGGAACGAGGAACAUUUUAAGGCUCCCUUUCGCUCGAGGGACCAGUGUGCUUAGAUUUCCCCUCUACCUGACCACUCCUUGUGAUAAGGGACCACUCCCUGUGUCCCCCUCCCCAUGGCCCUGUUCUGGACAUUGGCCAAUGAUGAGAUCACAAGAGCAUGGUUUCCAACCCUCCCUCUGCUCUUCCCUUCCCAAAGCUUUCCUUCUGCACACCUCCCGAGGGGAACCUCGGGUUUACAGCCACGCCCGCCUCCUGCUUCCCUGCUCCGGAAGGUGCUGCUGCAGGAGCGGGGCUGGCUCUAGGCAAUGACAGCUGAGUGUGCACCGGACACACGCUCAGCUCCUCUGGGAGCAGGAACUUCACAACCUGAUGCUACUUCCCUGUCGGUCAGAACCUUGCGGAGGCUGGUGACAGAACACUCAACUCAGACGGAGGAAAGCAAAGGAUUUAUUGCCUCUGCCACUUGCAAACAUGAAUGCAUGUUGCUGACUCCCGGCGAGGCCUGAGUGGGACUCUGCAGUACAGCCCGUGUCUCCUGGCCGGGCCCUCAGGGUUGGCAGCUGCACUCACACGCUCGCUCGGCUCCUCCAGCCACAGGAAGAGGAGAGGAGCAGCUUGGGGGACCCACACUGCUCGCAGGGAUUGCUGCCCCCUCGUUGGCCAGAGAGGUGUCUGGCUACGCCUGUGGGGAGGUGGCUCUGUAUGGCAGCCUUGGCGCUUUUAACACGAAGGUUUUGAACAUUUGUAUGUAUGUGAACUCUGUUUUCAAUUUCGAAAGGAAUUUCUCUUUUUUAAUUCUUGGAAAGAGGGAGAUGGAAAGUGCUGCGUUAAGACCUUCGUUUAUAGAUGAGGAAGCUGCGGCCCAAGGAGGUUUACCGUUUACGUGAUUCUGUUUCCCGUGUAAGUGGACUGAGCAGUCAUGGGACACAGCAGGGCUUUAGGAACGGCCCCUUGGACAUGCGGAUGCUCCUGAAAGGCGUCGGGGAAUGACGACCAUUCUCAGUGCUGUCUGGUUUUAGAACUACUUCUGUGAAAGUCAAAUUCAUUUAUGGCGAACUUUCUAGGAGAAAUGGUCAGGAGAACCUUGUUAAUGUAACGAGUAACCACGCAGAUUUGAAUGUAGCUUGGCAAAGGGAUCCACAUGUCAGGAUGGUCUUCUGAAACUAUGGUUCAUACAAGCCAGAGGAACAGCUGGGGGUGACAGUCUUUGUUCAGUUGCACACGCACAGCUGCGGGCCGCUUACCAGUCCUCCCCUGCAAGGGAAGCAUGGCGGGGCGCAGGGCAGAGCAGAGAAUCGGGGGAUAGAAGGUUUGGAUUUGGGAUGCCCUGUGACGCCCUUGCUCUAAGACACUAACUCAAGCUGGUUUUUUGAGCCUUAUCUAUAAAUUAGAGAAAAUAUUAUCUGUGGGGAGGAUUAAGGAAUAUAUAUAUACACACACAUACAG